AUGCCACAACAUAUAAGAGAAUGUUGCACCAUCAUCCGCAAAGACAUGAUGACCCUGUUUACUGUGUCUCUUCUACUUGUCUGUAUCUGCAGAGUCCAGUCGACAAGUCAAGAGGCUCCGGCUAGACGAUUAUUAAAAGCAACAUCGAUUCAGAUUGCCCCGUUCUUGAUGGUGACGGGUAACGACAAAGAUAAAAACAAGACCAUCAAAGGAUUCAUCGUGGACCUUCUGGAAGAAGUUGAGAAGAUUAUAAACGCUUCGUUUGAAAUUGUCCUUGUGAAAGACGGCAAAUGGGGUAGUAUAAACGCUGAGGGUAACUGGACAGGCAUGAUAGGAGAGGUAAAAUCUGGGCAUGUCGAUGUCGCAGCGGCUCCGUUAACCGUGACUUCCAAGAGACUCUUGCAUGUCGAUAUGUCGCAUCCGUUCAUUACAUAUGGUCUGAAGAUUGUCAUCAAAAAACCGAACUUUCGUGACUCGUGGAACGAUAUAUUUUUAGUGCUUCAACCGUUUUCAUCAGAAUCGUGGUUUCUUAUUUUUUUGGCUUGUGGCGUGACAGGAACCACACUGGGUAUCAUUGGGCGUUUUAGCCCCUUCGAGUGGACCAACACGGCUGUUGUUCAAGUUAGCAAAGACAAAAGGGAAAGCUUCAAUUGGCAGAAUAGUUUUUGGUACAUCAUCACAACAUUCAUGUGGCAGGGUUACCGACAUUUUCCUCGAUCAUAUUCCGGCAGGAUUCUUAGCAUUUUCUGGUGGACCUUUGCCCUAUUUACACUGAUUUUGUACAUGGCUUUCACCGUCGCUCAUCUCCGUUACAAAUCGGAUAUGAAGACCGGACUGCCAUUUCUAACGUUUGACGAGAUGUCACUGCAAAAAGGCGUCACCUACGGUACUUUGAAGUCUUCGAGCACGUUGAAAUAUUUCCAGAAUUCAGAUCGUGAAACCGAACAGCGAAUCUACAAGAACAUGCUUGAUUUCAGAGACAAUAUGGUCACCUCAGUUUCGCAAGGAUUGAAGAAAGUUCGCUCUUCCAAUGGACGUUACGCAUUCAUCAUGGAAGGGUCACUGGCUGAAUAUUCAGUCAGCAGGUAUCCGUGCGACCUGAUGUCAGUUGGCGAUGACAUUUACAAGCACAGUUAUUCCUUUGUGACUGACAAAGGCUCUCCGCUUUCCUCAGAGUUGAACCACGCCAUUACCAAAUUGAAGGAGAUGGGCAUCAUUGAAAGAAUCAAUUCCAAGUGGAAACUUGGUGAAUGUUUCAAGAAAAUUAAUCAAGAGUAUUUUAUUGACGGUCGGGCUUAUUAUGACAAGAUUCAGGAAAAUGCCUCGUACAGCAGUUUGGGGGUCCGUUUGAUAGGCGGGCCGCUAAUUUUAUUACUUAUUGGUAUUGUCGUAUCUGGCGCUGUUUUGGCUGCAGAAAUUUUUUUUGCAAAAUCAGAAAUGAAGCGAGGAUCAAUAUCCACUGAAGAUGGGCAUCAGCUGCACCAUAUAUAUUCAUAUCUAUCUAUCUAUCUAUCUAUCUAUCUAUCUAUCUGUCGAUAA